UCUGUGAUUUGUAUCAGGACCCUGUCAGCAGUGCUUGGAAGCCGCGAGCUGGGGGUAGAUAUAGCCUAAAAUGGACGGUCUCCGCAGCGUGGGGCUGGCCGCAGCUGUGCUGGCCGGCGCUGGAGGAGCGGCUUUAGUCACUUGGAGUUAUAUCUCGGCCCGGAGGAAUAAACCGGAGCCCAAAGACACCCCCGAAACGGCACACAGCGAACCUCCCGCCGAAAGCGCUCAUUUCAGUGCGCCAGCUGCAGCGCAACCCCCUCAGGAGAAGCAUCUGCCAAGCAAGCAGGUCUUGGUUCUGGGACUUGAUGGAUCUGGAAAAACAAGUGUACUUAAUUCUAUUUUGACAAACAGAGGGGGAAACCACACAACACCGACGGAAGGUUUUAAUGCCAUGUGUAUCAACACCGGGGAAUCCAGAAUGGAGUUACUAGAAGUUGGAGGCAGUGAACCGCUGCGGCCUUACUGGGAGAGAUAUCUCUCUAGAGCGCUUGCUGUAAUUUUUGUUGUGGACUCGGCGGAUCACAGUCGUCUUCCGCUUGCCAAGAAGCACCUUCACCAACUGAUUCAGCAAGACUCAUCUGUACCAUUGCUGGUCCUUGCUAAUAAGCAGGAUCUCCAUGAUGCGUACCAUAUCACUGAAAUCCAUGACGCUCUUGCACUGUCUGAAGUUUGUGAAGCUAGGAAGCUGUUUUUGAUUGGGACACACGUGACUAAAGAUGAUCAUGAAAUAUCAUCUGGACUCCAGGACACAGUGGAAUUUCUUGCACAGUUGAUUUCUGAGUAUUCCGAUAUAAAAACAUAAUUUAAAAAAAUGCGGUAUAUAUAUAUGCUAGCAUAUACCAAAUUCAUCAAAAGAUGUCGCACAUGAACAAUUUUACUAAAAUAACUAGUGCAGAGGAAUUGCUUUGACAUCCUAGGGGAUAGUGGGGUCUAUUCACAAAAAGGUUGCAUUGAUUUAAUGAUUUCCUUUAACCCUAAACACCCCAUCCGUAACUUAAAACAGGACCUUUCACCCCCAGUGGGAGAUCAGCUGAUGAACAUGCAGGAAAAAUGUAAAAAAAUAAAUACGUUCAUCCCUAUGCAACAUAAAAAUAAAAACAAUGGCACGUGCAUUUGUAUUAAUAUUCUUUUAGAAAAUAAAGACAUACACAACGCCACUAACAUUAAACUGUUUUUAAAGUAAAGACGUGUUGCAUGGGCACAUUUGUGGGCUGAAACUCCCAUGCCAAAAUGAUAAGGGUUAUAGUUGUAGCUCUUAAAAUUGGUUGCAGCAACGGCCCAAAGAUUUCCAUACCUGUGGGCAUGCAUUCUCUACCUAUAUUUUAAGUGUUUUAGGGAAUUUAUGUGUACUGCAUCCCAUUAUGUGCUGUUGCCUACGUGAGCUUUGUGUGAGAUAUAAAAUGUACUAUAUUUAAGGAACUAUAUUUGAUAUGAGGGAGUGAGGGCUUAAAAAGAAAAAUAUAAAAAUAAAAAAUACUUAGC